CAAGAUCCUCCAAAAGUCCGAUGAAUUCUGAACAACACUCAUGCAAUCUGCUUCAUUCUUCAUGAUGAGGCCCUUAAUCCUCAGGCCCUGUCGCUCGGUCUCUCUUCGGCUAUGUCGUGCGUUUUCCUCGUCGCGAGGAAAUUCUCAGCUCCAAUUGGCGUAUAACCUCCACCGUGCGCGAGAUUCUCAGAAUGCGACUUCGGCGCCCAAGAAAACCCCGAUUGUUUUUAUGCACGGCCUAUUCGGCUCGAAGCAGAAUAAUCGGAGCGUGAGUAAGGCACUUGCCGAUAAGUUGAAUACAGAUAUUUACGCAAUUGAUCUCCGAAACCAUGGCGAUUCCCCCCAUCACCCAGAGCAUAACUACUCAGUUAUGGCGAACGACGUCGAGGAGUUCAUUCACGAAAAUGACCUGGAAAAGCCAGUAUUGAUUGGACACUCAAUGGGUGCAAAAACUGCCAUGACAAUCGCCUUGCGCCAUCCAAACCUUGUUGGCGGAGUGAUUUCCGUUGACAACGCGCCAGUGCGUGCGCCUUUGAGUAAAGAUUUUGCCAAAUAUAUCCGGGCAAUGAAAGAGAUCGAAGCUGCGAAGGUCACGAAGCAGAAGGACGCGGAUGCUAUUUUACAGCCUUACGAGGACUCGAUAGCAAUUCGCAGUUUCCUCCUUACCAACCUCAUCCGAUGCAAGGAGACUAACACCCUCAAGUUCCGUAUACCUAUUCAUAUUCUAGGCGACAAGCUCGAUAACAUGGCGGAUUUCCCAUUCACUCCGGAGGAAAGUCCGGCUAAAUUUGAAGGUCCGGCGCUUUUCAUUCGAGGAACGAAGAGUCACUAUGUCAAGGAUUCAUCACUGAGUGUGAUCAAACUUUUAUUCCCGGCAUUCAGGCUUCAGGAUAUUGAUGCUGGGCAUUGGGUAAUUUCCGAAAAACCUCAUGAGUUUCAAGAAUCCGUUGUCGAAUUCUUCCAAAGGUUACCCUGAGUUUCGAUUCGAGCGCACGAUUGAUUAUACCUCCUUCGUACUCCGCAUAGAGCUAGAAGUGAUAGAUCCUUGGAUUCAUGAUUUGGUACCCUUGUACUAAUUAUAGACUUAUAUAGAAUAUGCCUUAGCAGUUUUACAUUUGAACGACAGUGGCUUUUCCAAUAGAUGUCAAGUUGAGAGCAAUCUAAAUUGUUGAAAAGCA